AAUCGAAGGCCCGUUUUGUGGCGCGUCGGUUAGAGGCCUCCCGUUGGCUGUUGCGCUCCCAUAGAAAUGAGAAAGUCGGCUUGAAGGGAAUCGAGAACACGAGUGCGUCGACACGUUUAGUGCCCAGUGCCAAGCUGCGUGUUGAGCCCACCUCAGACACGUGAACCGAAAAAAAAUAGAUAAAUUCCCAUAUUUUUCUACACACCGAGGGAGCGAUCGCCGCACUCGGCAUUCCGAUUGCCCGGAGCCCCCGCAAAAAAUGCUCCACCCCCGAAUUCCCUCGUGAAAACGUCAAAUCGCCGAAAAUCGGACAAACCGUCGAGGCCGAAUGAACUAGUUAAAAAAAAAGAAAAACGAAAUAAAACUCAGCCUGCGAGUUCAGUCGGGUUUUAUUCCACCUUGUGAGUACGUGUAGGUAUAUGCCGUCAUUCCCGUGCGGUUCACGAGUGAAACAACACAGUGUCGUUGCAGCUACUGCAGUGAGAACGUCAAAGUGUUUCAAGUUGAUUAAUAACUUCAGUCCAAAACUAUUGAUGCAACACCACGGGAAUUUAAAAUAAAAGUGAAAAAAUGAAUUUCACGCCUUUCCAAGGGUUCGCCACAGGUACCCUGCCGACAGGAACGGUGCAUCAAUUUGCAACAGCAAAAUUUGCCCAGAAUUUAACAACUGGCGGUCAAGUUGUUGGUGUACUUUCUGGUGGUGAAGGUGGUGUACAUUAUUUAAGGCCAGUCGAUCCUAAUGGAUUUGCAGUGGCUACCCAGGGGGGUAACAAUCAGCAGCAACAAAUCAUAACAUUACCAAUAACAGUGCCUGGCAAAGAUGGUACACAGCAGCAGCAAACCGUCCAAAUACAAGUGGUUAAUCCAGCUGUGUCACAGGGGGGCAACAGUGGAGAUCAGCCCAAGUAUCAUCUAGCACCAAUUUCACUGGGGCAAUUUCCACAGGGUGCUGCGACUGUUUUGACGGUUGCUUACAGCCAACAGGGAGCUGAUGGGGUGCAGAUACAGGUGCAACCACAGAAUACUGUUGCCACUACACAAACAUCCGAGCAAACAACGCAAAGUACAUCAACAGCAGUGACCAGCACAGCUCAACAGACAAUACCUCAAACAGUUCAGCUCCCCGGUGCCCCGGAGGGUCUCACAGUGGUCGCCCAAAUCCCUCAGGAUCUAAUUCUGCGCGAGGGAAUGGAGGACUCAAAGGAGGACAUAAAGGAAGGCACAACCCCGGUGGCCCUGAUAAAGCGAGGAAGCGUGAAGAACCAGGCGAAUCAAAGUGGCGAGGAGUUCAUAACCUCGAUGCCAGCAACCUGGCAGAGUCUGGCAGCCCCAGGCUCCACAGUGGCCGACUACCUAGCCCGAAUUCCCGCCAACACACUUCCCCUCUCCCUCCACCACUUCCUGAAAUUCUCAGCGGAAACAAUAAAACGUGAAUCAACGAUAGAGUCCAGCCCCCUGGGGGCUGACGGUAUAGACGCCUCUGGUAGUACAGCAUCGGGUGAUCAGACAGUUCAGAUAACAGUUGGCAGUGGUGAAACCGAGAUUAUUCCAGACGUCACUGAGGAGCACGAGCCUGGAACAAAGCCCAAGAGGAAAAAGAAGUACAAGAAGAAGCCCCCGAAGCCCAAGAAGCCAAAGCCAGGUCAGGUGUCGAUAGUGACAGCCCUCGAUGGGACAACUCUCUUCUGCUGUCCCCAGUGCAACAUGGCGUAUCCUGAGAAGGAGCUGCUGGAGCAGCACCUCAUUGGCCACAAGAUUGAGCGCCGAUUUAUCUGCGACAUUUGUGGCGCUGGAUUGAAGCGGAAGGAGCACUUGGAGAGACACAAGUUGGGGCACAAUCCAGACAGGCCGUUCAUAUGCUCAGUCUGCAUGAAGGGUUUCAAGAGAAAAGAGCAUCUGAAUCUGCACUUUGUCAUUCACUCGGGACAGAAGACAGAGGUGUGCACAGAGUGUGGUAAAGCCUUCUAUCGUAAGGAUCAUCUGCGAAAGCAUGCGAGAUCACAUCUGGCAAAGCGCGCCAAGGAGGAUCCACUGGGGUCUGUUGACUCGCAGAAUCAGGGACAGCAGACCGACUCUCAGGGACAGGGACAGACUGGCGAGAUGCAGAAUUCGGUUUCUGAGCUCCAGCAGAUUCAGAUACAAGUGGGACAGGGCUCGCAGGCGCAGAUACAUCAGAUUGCAGUUACCGAACAGUCAACAGUUGUACUUCCAACAGCCGCUGAAACUGGUGCAAUGGCUAUGCUUCAUCAACAACAACAACAACAACAACAACAACAACAUUAGCGGCAAUCGACCGUUCCAGGUACAGCUGGACGGUACUUUCGGUUUAAUCGUCAACGGGCCAAGGGGAGAGCUGCGUAGGUCUAUUGUUACAUCGAUAUUGACUUGGAACGCGGGCAUGUGUGCGGGGAGAGAGAGGAUGGGUGGGCCUAUUUCAUAUUUCUGGAAAUAUGGGGGCAGUCAGGAUGGACAACGUCUUGAAUUCGUUUCAAAAUUAGCUUUAAUUGUUCUACUGGCUGGAAAACAUUCAGAUUUUUUUUAUUCAUCCGUUAUUUUUUUUAUUAUUGAAUUUGAUUAGUGGCAAUUCGUUUUUGAGGAGCACAUUUUUUUAUUCAUUGUGGGAGUUGGAUUUUGAAUUGUAAAGUGACUAAUGCUUGGGGACAAUCGUCGUCUGGGAGUAAUUGAUAUUAAUUUGUUGGUGAAUUUAUAUGGCUAUUGUAGGAUCCAUUCUUUAGUUAUGUGAUGGAUAAUUUUUGGGAAUUAACAAAAUGGACUUUUCUUAAUCAUUAAUUCAUAAAAAAUAAACGGAUUGGUCAAAAAUGAUGUAAAAAUGAUUUUAACAUAUGUAAUAAAUACAAUUUUUCCUGAUUCCACUCAAUAAAAAAUACAUCUAAUUUUUUUUAUUAAUCCGUUAAUUG